AGAUGAUUACAAUUAUAUUGACUAUCACUACAUUGAGUAUUACUAUAUACUAUGCCAAGAAUUAUAUCAGAUAUGGAUCAGUGAAAAAUCAACUUUAUCCUCCUUUUGCUCCACAACGAAUACCUUUAUUUGGCCAUACUUUACAUUUUAUCAAACCAAUCUCUGUACAAGAAGUAUUUCGAUUAUGGAGUUUACAGGUUGGAUCUGUUUUUACCGUACAACUUGGAUCUAAGUAUUGGGUAGUACUGAAUUCUGUUCAAGCUGUUAAAGAUUUAAUUGUGGAAAGAAGUACAAUUUAUUCUUCAAGAGAUUUACCUUCCACUUUAGUAGAUGAUAUCAUGGCUGGAGUAAAUAAAGGUGGUGCCUUUGCUUUUUAUCCUUAUGGUCCUGAAUGGAGACACCUGAGAAGAAUUGCUCAUGGUGGAUUGGUGAAAAGAAAGAUCAAUGAUUAUCAAUCUAUCUUCAAUGAACGACGAACAGCAUUACUUUCGAAUAUUUGGCGAAAUAGUCAACAAAAUAACUGUAUCUUUCUCACCAAUUUUAUUGAGCAUUACACCAUGACAUCUAUACUUACCAUUGCCUUUGGUAACAUAUGCAACUUUGAAGCAGGUGAUACUCGUCUACAUGAAGCCUUUGCCUUGACUGAACGUGCUGCUGCAAGUUUUGGCACUCGAGAACAAUUGACUGAAUUUUUCCCUAUUCUCAAAUAUGUGCUUCCAAGUCGUAAGUCAGAAUACAAAGAUGUAAGAAAGAAAAUGAAUGGUUUUUAUGGUGGUUUAUUGGACGAAUUCAAAGCAAAAUGGGAAAAUGAUCAACAUGCUACUGAAGAAUGUUUUAUCAAAGAUAUCCUGUCUGGGGGAGAACUAACUGAUUUACAAAUGAUGAAUUUUAUCACUGUGUUUGUUGGUGCAGGCUCUGAAACAACUGCUUCCACUCUAGAAUGGAUGAUUGCCCUUUUAGGGAAUGAUCCUGAUAUUCAAGAUAAAGUAUAUAAAGAGAUUGAAGAGAACGUUGGUUUGGAUCGACUACCUGAAGCUAAUGAUGAACGAUAUCUCCCCUAUCUACAAUGUGUUAUUCAUGAAACUCUUCGAUUUCGUUCCCCAGCACCAAUGGCAGUACCUCACGCAACCAGUGAAAAUGAUAUCUACAAAAAUUGGCUCAUUCCAGCAAACACCACCAUCAUUAUCAAUCUGCACGCCAUUCAUAAAGAUCCUAUUCGAUAUCCCAAGCCUGAUCUAUUCUACCCUGAUCGUCAUAUGGAUUAUGUUCAACGACAACUACAUCAACAAACACAACGAUUUAGUCAAACAAUAGAGGAUCGCCCUCAUCUUGCCUUUUCUACAGGACGACGUGUAUGUGUAGGAAUUCAUCUGGCUGAAAGAAGUAUUUUUAUGGCUGCAAGCGCUUUAUUAGCAUGUUUUCGCUUUGAACGUGAAUCUAUGGAUCUCAUCGACAUCGACACUCCAAAAGAUAUUCGAUCACCCACUCUUAGUCCUUCCCCUUACAAGAUCAAGGUUAUCCCAAGGCAUGAUCAUGUUGACUCCUUCCUUACAGUUUAGUUUUACCUUAAUUUUUUUUUUUCUAGAUUAGCAAUCUUAUAUUUCUAUCAUGAUUGGUUAAUAAAAUUCAUUUUAUUUACGCUACUUUCUACAAUUGUUUUAGUAGCCAUCUACGUCCUGUCAUCAUAUAUAACCAUCAUCUAUCAUACUAUUCUCCACUACGCAACCUUCGUCACCAUCAUAUGAUUAACAUCUGCCUUUAUCCAUUAUCACCAAGACGCCGUACUUAUUGC